CCUAAAACAAUGUGAAACACAAACUAACUCUACCUCCUCUUUUGCAAUUUUAAACACGAAUCUCUGGAGCCACGCUUUAAAUCAAGUCUUAUGGAUUAGUCUGAAUAAGUCUAUCCACUUUGAAAAUCCUCUAUUAAUAUCUAAAAUCCCAAAACCAAUCCAAACCAUCUUCCAGUUUUCCUUUCUCAAUCAAAACCUCUCUAGCCAUGGCAUGCCAAUUUGCAGUGCAGGUGAUCAAAGGAAGAUGGUUCACCGUGUUUGCCUCGUUUCUGAUCAUGGCUGGAGCCGGUGCUACUUAUCUGUUUGGUUCUUAUUCCAAAGACAUCAAGUCCACUCUUGGCUAUGAUCAAUCAACUCUCAACUUGAUUGGCUUCUUCAAGGACCUUGGUGCAAAUGUGGGAGUCCUCGCAGGUCUAAUAGGUGAAGUAACUCCAACUUGGUUUGUUCUUCUAGUUGGUUCUGCCAUGAAUUUUGCAGGGUAUUUCAUGAUUUGGCUUGCUGUCACUGGCAAAAUAGCCAAACCUAAAGUCUGGCAGAUGUGCCUUUACAUCUGCGUUGGGGCCAAUUCUCAGAAUUUUGUAAACACAGGUGCCCUUGUCACUUGUGUCAAGAAUUUCCCAGAAAGUAGAGGUGUUAUGCUUGGUUUGUUAAAGGGUUAUACUGGGCUUAGUGGAGCAAUAUUCACCCAAAUUUACUUGGCUAUUUACCCAAACGAUUCAAAGUCUUUGAUUCUUUUGAUUGGUUGGCUUCCUGCUGCUCUUUCAGUCAUUUUUGUAUACACCAUUCGUCCAAUGAAAGUUGUUAGGCAACAAAAUGAGCUGAGAGUCUUUUACCAUUUCCUCUAUAUCUCACUUUCUCUUGGAGUUUUCCUCAUGGUAAUGACUCUGCUUGAAAAAACAAUCACUUUCUCUCGUGCUGCUUAUGCCGGAAGCACCACCGUGGUUUGUAUGAUCAUGUUCAUGCCUCUUGGAAUUGCAAUCAGAGAAGAGCUUGCACUGUGGAAUCUCAAGAAACAUCCUGUUGAUUCUCCAGUUGAGGUGAUAAGCAUUGAUAAAAGACCAAACCCAGUUCCAGAAAUUCAAGAAAUUCAAGAACUGGAUUCUUUCCCACCCAAAUCCUCAUUAGGCCAGGAAAAGAAAACACAGAUUACUACUACCGCUACAUCUUGCUGUGGUGAUCUAUGCAAUAAGCCAGAAAGAGGGGAAGACUAUACAAUACUACAAGCACUUUUGAGUACGGAUAUGAUUAUUCUAUUCAUUGCAACUUUUUGUGGGUUGGGGUCAAGUUUGACAGCAGUAGACAAUUUGGGUCAGAUUGGUGAGUCUCUGGGAUAUCCCACUAAGACAGUAGGCACUUUUGUGUCAUUAGUGAGCAUUUGGAAUUAUUUUGGGAGGGUCUUUUCUGGUUUUGUCUCUGAGAGCCUAAUGGUGAAGUGGAAAAUCCCCAGAACACUCAUGAUGACCUUUAUGCUUGUUCUAUCAUGUAUUGCAUAUCUCUCCAUUGCUUUCCCAUUCCCUGGUUCAGUUUAUAUGGCUUCGGUUAUGAUUGGGGUUUCUUUUGGUGCUCAAUUGACACUGCUUUUCACAAUCAUAUCUGAGCUGUUUGGGCUCAAGUACUAUGCUACAUUGUUUAACUGCGGACAGCUAGCGAGUCCUCUCGGGUCUUACAUUCUCAAUGUGAGGGUCACCGGGAUGCUCUAUGAUCGAGAAGCUUUGAAGGUGUUGGCAAAGAAAGGGAUGACAAGAUCUUCAGUGAAGGAGCUGGUUUGCAUUGGAAGUCAGUGUUAUAGGCUGUCUUUUACAAUUUUGGCCGGUGUGACAUUCUUUGGUGCUCUUAUUUCACUGGUUUUGGUGAUUAGGACUAGAGAGUUCUACAAAGGUGAUAUUUACAAGAAGUAUAGAGAAGUUGUAUAGAUCUUGGUUUAUCAGGUUGCCAAAACCUUAGAAACUCUGGAGCAUCUCCAAAGGUAUCUCCAUCUUUUCAGUACAUCUUAAUUAGCCAUUUUAGCCAACAACUUCUGAAGUGGUUACUCCUAUCAUGUUCUUUAUUUUAAAUUUUUGUAGUAGAUUUGUGGAGAACUUGAUGCAAGUCUAAUAUUAAUCUAUGUGAUU